UCUGCUACUUGGGCCGCGUUGCUAUGCGAUUUUUGUUUGCAAACAAUACGAGAUGCAGCACGUACACCACCAACAUUCCAUCGCUUAAAUUUCGUACAAAAUGAGCGAUUUCCGUGAAAAAUUGCUGUCGAAUCUCGAUAAAAUCAAGCCAAGUGCUCUGCACCGCCAGUACCCUUCCAAAACGAAUGAUGAGAUCGAGGACAUACUGUUCCAGAAGUAUCGUGCCGAGCUAGCAAAGAAAAAGCCACCCACCGCGGCACCGGACCAACCGCAACCGGAUUCGCAAACGGUCGACACGUAUCGCUACAUUCCGCGGUUCCACUUCGAGCUGCCGAAGAGUGCCGAUUCGCUGGCGCAAAAGUUGCGCGAAGAGGCGCGCACACUGUUUCUGCAGAAGCGCAGCAAGGAGCUGCUGGACAAUGCGGAGUUCAAGCUGCUGUGGAGCCUGCUGGAGAAGCACCACAGUCCGCCACUGAUCGGCGAGGAGCAGUUCAUCAACUACGAGAACUACUGCAAGGUGGGCACGAUCGCGGGCGAAAAGUUUCGGCGCUACCUUACCGCGACGACCUUCGCGCGGCUGCUCGCAUCGAGCGGCAACCCGGGCAAGAUCAGCGUUAUCUCGCUGUUCAACUACACGAUGCGCAAGGUGUGGCUGCAGCAGACCCGCAUCGGCCUCUCGCUCUACGACUACACCGGGCAGGGCUUUCUGAGCGAGUCGGACAUGGAGUCGUACAUUCUCGAGCUGAUACCGACCUUUCCCCAGCUCGAGGGGCUGGAGAAAUCGUUCCACAGCUUCUACGUCUGCACGACGGUGCGCAAAUUUUUCUUCUUUCUCGACCCGCUGCGCACGGGCCGCAUCCGCAUACGGGACGUGCUGACGUGCAGCUUUCUGGACGAUCUGCUCGAGUUGCGCGACGAGGAAAUACCGAAGGAUGCGCAGGAGCUGAACUGGUUCUCCGCACCGUCGGCCCUGUCCGUGUACGGGCACUACCUCAACCUGGACAAGGACCACAAUGGCAUGCUGAGCAAGAAGGAGCUGAUCGGGUACGGGACGGGCACGCUGACGCCCAUCUUUCUCGAGCGCGUGUUUGCCGAGUGUCUGACGUACGACGGCGAGAUGGACUACAAAACGUACCUGGACUUUGUGCUGGCGCUGGAGAAUCGGGGCGAGCCGCAGAGCCUGCACUACCUGUUCCGCAUCCUGGACGUGGAGCACAAGGGCUACCUGACCGCGUUCACGCUCAACUACUUCUUCAAGGGCAUACAGGAGGAGCUGUCGGCGCACCGGGCCGAACCGAUCAACUUUGACGACGUGAAGGACGAAAUCUUCGACAUGGUCAAGCCGGAGGAUCCGACCCGCAUCACGCUGAAGGAUCUGAUCCGGUGCGGGCAUGGCGAAACGGUCGUCUCGAUACUGAUCGAGUUCCACAAGUUCUGGGCGUACGAAAAUCGGGAGGUCAUGGUCACGUCGACGGCCAGUGACGAUACGCACAAUUUAUGAUGCAGCGCAAACGUUGAUGUGGAGGGGAAGGUGGAGGAGGAAGAUGAAUGCCGGACGGCGUUUUAGUAUGAGAUGGAAAGCCAUAUACAGCGCGGAUCGAAACAUUCCUUAUUACACAAAUCAGAGCGAUCUACAAUCGUGUUCGUGUCAGUAUUUUUUAAACAACGCGGGCGGCGUCUUUUUGCCGGCAAAGUAUUCUACAGACUAACCAGAAAAAAGUGCAUUAUCUUACACACAAAAUGAACCAUGACUGAUAAUAAAUGAUGCCUUAACUGCA